ACCAGUUUGACAGUCGGAGAAACUUUCAGAAAACUACAGAAGCCGUGCCCUAAUUUCACUGAGAAGAAGAAGAAGAAGAAGAAGAAUAGGAGGAGCGAGCAAUGGAGGGUGCAGAUGAAGGUGUAGAGAACUUCGUGGAUUCAAAGGACUUACAGCAACAGAGCAAAGCUUUGGACAAGCUCACCGACCGAGUGGAAGAUCGCCAGCUCGAUUCAACUCGUGUUCAAGAGGCUAUGGCGUCGAUUGCUGCAUCUGCUGAUGCUGAUUGGAAUGCUAUGAGGUUGAGAGAAAAAGAAUUGGCUGCCGUUAAGAUCAACCAAGCUGAUGUGGACAUAAUAUCAAAUGAACUUGAGUUGGACAGGAAAGUGGCCGAGAGAACCUUAAGGGAACACAAAGGUGAUGCUGUUGCAGCCAUUCAGCACCUCCUACGUUAAAAAUCCAUUCAGGUCUAAAUGAGGUUGGGUUUCUUAAGUUUUCCUAUGGACCAUUUAAGCAAUGAAUUUUCAUUGGAGUACGAAUUCAGAUUUAGGAAGUGAUUGUUUCGCUGUUUAACUUUCAAGAACCAUCAGCUUAAGGGCUCAGACAAACUUUCUAAGGAACACCAUUUUGUAUCACUAUUAUUAGCAAUAUAUAUGGUGGUUUCUACUUUCUACC